AUGAGGAAGGAACUAAAGUAUAUGAUAUAUGGUAACCUGGCGAUUCUGUCGGUGAUCCUAUAUGUGACUUUUGAUUUGCUUACUUUGGCCAUUGAUGAUACGUUCCACGAUGCUUUGUUGGAUAGUGAUUUGAACCCACCAGCUGGUUCUGAAAAACCACAACUAAUUCCAAAAAUCAUUCAUCAAACUUAUAAGACGACGGAUAUUCCUGAGGUUUGGAAGGAGGGACAGCAGAAAUGUAUUGAUUUGCAUCCGGAUUACAAGUACAUUUUGUGGACCGAUGAGAUGAUGAACCAGUUCAUUAAGGAAGAGUACCCUGACUACCUUGAAACUUUCCAAAACUAUAAAUAUCCUAUCCAGAGGGCCGAUGCGAUUAGAUAUUUCAUCUUGUCGCAUUUUGGUGGGGUUUACAUCGAUUUGGAUGACGGUUGUGAAAAGAGAUUGGAUCCUUUGCUGACAGUUCCAGCUUUCGCAAGAAAGACUUCUCCAACAGGGAUUUCGAAUGAUGUGCUGGGUUCAGUUCCUCAGCAUCCUUUCUUCUUGAAGUUGAGGGACUCAUUAGCCAAGUAUGAUAGGAAUUGGCUGGUACCGUACAUUACGAUCAUGGCCUCGACUGGUCCAUUGUUCGUUAGUAUGGUAUGGAAACAGUACAAGAGAUGGGGUGUUCCAGAGAAUGGUGUUGUGAGAGUUUUGCAACCUGCGGAUUACAAGAUGCACACUUACUCGUUUUUCUCGAUCUCUAGGGGUUCUUCUUGGCAUUUGGAUGAUGCCAAAUUUGUUAAAUCUUUGGCUAACCAUAUACUGGCUUGCGUGGUCGCAGGUUUCGUAUUCGCGUUCUUUGUCCUGUACAGCGAGUACUGUUUCUACUGUUGGUUGUGUUCCAAUAACAAGAGUAUCUUUUCGCGUCUUUACAAAAAGACCCUUAGUGCGAUCGGCUUGGAGUCUGAUCGCACUAUUAACGCGGCGAUCAUCAACGUGCGUAACAGUAACGAUGAUUCCCGUUUGAGGAGAAUGAGAAAGGAUUCGAACCUUCCGCACAAUAUUAUCCUAUCGGAUCUUGAAAAGAAUGAUCCCAAAUUCACUGAUCUCUCAUUGUGA